AUCGUGACAAAGCCAAAGUGAAAGAAGCGGAGAUCAUUUCACAUGUUGACGAUUACAACUAUUCUUGAAGUAAUGUCGACCUCAGCUAACUUGCCAGAAGCCGAACAUUCCGGACUGUUGAAGUUUCUCUCUGCUGCGUUUUACGCCGUCAGUUCAUUCUUGAUCAUUGUUGUUAACAAAACGAUUCUCACAAACUACAGUUGAAACCAGGAUUCAUCCGUGAAGAGCACACUUCUCCAGCGUGCCAGUGGCCAUCGAAGAUUUCCCUCGUACAUGUUUCUAGGAAUUGGACAGAUGGCCACUACAAUCAUCAUUCUCUAUGCUGCUAAAAUUAACCAAACAGUUCAUUUUCAAGACUUUGACAGAAGCAUUUUCAUCAAAGUAAGUGUUUUUAUUAAGUGAAGUAAGUUUGUUAUAUUCUUGUUUCAAUCCUAUGCCUGUCCGUCACAGAUGCAUACAACAAAAGGUGAACCACAAUAAGCCUCAAAAAGAGUCAGAUGUUCCAAGAUGUAUUUUUGCAGUUUGCCAUCAAUAUAACAUCUUGAAUUCAUUAAUUAAAUUAAUUAUUGCAAUACAGAUCUUCCCUCUACCUCUGCUGUAUGUUGGAAACCACAUAACAGGACUGGCGGGUACAAAGAAGUUAAGCUUACCCAUGUUCACAGUCUUAAGGAAGUUCACCAUAUUGAUGACAAUGAUCAUGGAAGCAAGGAUAUUGAAAAAAAAAAUCCCUAAUCGUCUGAUCUACAGUGUUUUGGCCAUCGUUUUUGGAGCAUUGGUGGCUGCAAGCUCUGACUUGGCCUUUGAUGCCGAGGGCUACACAUUCAUUCUGCUUAAUGAUGUCUUCACUGCUGCCAGUGGUGUGUACACCAAGAAGAAACUGGGAACUGAGGGUCUUGGAAAAUAUGGUAUCUUAUUUUACAAUGCAUUCAUCAUUUUCAUUCCAACUCUUUUGGCGAGUGCAUUCACUGGGGAUUUAUACAAGGCCAUUACAUAUGAACACUGGUUGAACACCCCCUUUGUUUCUUGCUUCCUUAUGUCUUGCAUCAUGGGGUUUGUGCUGAUGUAUUCAAUAGUGCUGUGUAGCCACUACAACUCAGCACUCACCACCACAGUGGUGGGAGCAAUUAAGGUUUUGCCAAUAUCCAACUCUAUAGUUGUCUCUUCUCGUCAGUAUAUCAGGGGGACUUGUGUAUUCCUACCUGACGUUCCACAGCAGCAGCAAACCAUCCCAAUGCAAUGGAAGCAGAAUCCAGAAAAACCAGGAUCAGCUGAAGAUUCCCAUUAUGGAAGAUUCCACAGACCGACUCCUUGUAAAAUAAGUUAUCUUUAUUUAACCUUUUAUUUUAUCAGGGAGUCCCAUUGGGACCAAGGCCUCUUUUUCAAGGGAGCUCUGUGUGAACACAAUUUCUAAGUGAAUACGCCUGCGAUACAACUGGUCAUGAUGCCAUAGUUUAUUUUUCUGUACUGUCAGCACUACCCUUUGUAACUGAUCCAUAUUGGAGCAGAUGUUCUUACAUUUUGUAUGUUUUAAUGUAUCUUUAUGAAAAAUGAUGAUCAUACUUUUGACAAUGUUUAUUAUUUGUGUUGCAAGUUCAAAUCUGUAAUUUUAAUUGUGUUGUCAAGACAAGUGUUGUUAUACUAUAUAUACAGUGGGGCAAAAAAGUAUUUAGUCUUCCACCAAUUGUGCAAGUUCUCCCACUUAAA